AUGGAAAAAGAUAAUCAAAGAUUGAAUCAAGCAUUCUUUGCAGUAUUAUGUAACAUCUAUACCAGAAAUGCAAUCUUUUCAUAUCUUCCGUUGUUUGUGUUGACAACUAAAUCAGUCAACAUGAUCAGUGCUCACUUUGAGACUGUCGAUGAAGCAAAAGAGGUCAAAAUGAGAUCUGUUCGUGGUAGAUAUGACACUGUUCCAUCGUUUAGAUUGACAUCUCAAGAACAACUACAAACUGGUACUAUUUGGAGUAAGAAGAAGAUCAGAGUGUUAAGUGGAUUCACUGCUACCUUUAGAUUCCAAGUCACUCCUGUCAACGGUGCAAGUGGUGAUGGACUUGCUUUUGUCAUUCAAAAUGCUCCUAAUGGUAACCGAACCUAUCACAAGUCUGAUGGUUCGUCAAUGGGGUAUGCUGGUAUUCCCAAUAGUGUUGCUAUUGAGUUUGAUACAUAUGAAUAUGGAGGAGAUCCAAAUAAUAAUCAUAUAUCAAUUCAAACCAAAGGAAAACAACCAAAUGAUUGGCGACACCAAUAUUCAAUUGGAUGGGGAACACCAUCGACUAGAAUAGACAAUGGAGCCAUCCACGAAAGUAUCAUAACUUAUGACACCAAAUCACAUCCACAACCAACUAUAACUGUAUCUAUGAAUGGUGAGAUUAUCAUCAACAACCUAAAAUAUGAUCUUGGUAGUAUUGGUCUUGAUAAUGGAACUGCAUUUAUCGGGUUCAGUGCUGCUACUGGCUACUCUGCUCAAUUCCAUAGAGUUUUAUCUUGUGAAAUCUUAAACUAA